AUGCCUGCAAAAGCUCUCAAGGGCGAAUACAUUGAGACUGACACCGGCAACAAAGUAUCCCGCCGGAAUCAGGUCCAUGGCACCCAACACAUUAUCCUGGGUGGUAAAACCGUCAUUCAAGCAGAUGUAUGCAUCCGCGGUGACCUCUACCGCCAACAGCCACACACGUCCUCCGCACCCGGCCCUCCUGCCAGCAGCAACCCGAACACGCCAUCCAUCGCCGUCAGCAUCGGCCGCUACACUUAUCUCUCGCGCUCCUGUCUCCUACGCCCGCCAUCUCGUCUGAAUCGAGGUGUUCACUCAUACUAUCCUCUCAAGAUCGGCGACCAUGUGUUCAUUGGCGAGCGCAGCGUGAUUGAAGCGGCCACUAUUGGGAACCAUGUUCACGUUGGCAAGGACGCUGUGGUGGGGUGCAUGGCGAUUCUCAAAGAUUUUGUGGUUGUCCUCGAUGGCGCUGUUGUCCCUCCGGGGAUGGUGGUACCGAGUUUCUGCGUCGUUGGCGGGGCGCCGGCCAGAGUGGUUGGUGAAGUGGGCGAGGGCUUCGGCAUCGAGGGAGCGGAAGGGGGUAUGGCAAGAGAGAGAUAUCGGAUGGUCGGGAGAUAG